AAAGAUGAUCCGUCACUUAUGGCCCAGUUUUAUUAUGCUGAUGACGAGCUAAAUAUGAUCGCAGCAGAACUGGAUAGCUUCGAUGGCAGGAAAGAUCCAGAAAGAUGCACUGCUCUAGUCAACCAGCUGCGGCAGUGUCAGGACAGGGUCCUGAACAUCUGCGUGGAGAUGAUGGAUGAGGUUAUUCCCAAUGAGCGGGCAAGCCGUGACUUCCGUGUCAAGUUCCCUGAUGAUGUCAUGCAGGAAAACUUGGCAGGACAGCUCUGGUUCGGGGCUGAGUGUCUGGCAGCAGGCAGCAGCAUCAUGAACAGGGAGGCUGAAAGUUCUCGCAUGAGACCCCUAGCAAAGGCAGUUACCAAGACUAUAGAAACCGUUAGAAAUCUGCUCAGGGAACAGUGCCUGAAGCCCAUGCCAGAAUAUACUGAGAAGAUCCGUGAAUCUCUUAAGAUCUUUGACCGACUGUUCGCCGAGUUUGAGCUGAGCUAUGUGAGUGCCAUGGUUCCUGUAAAGAGUGUGGAGGAACAUGAUGUGCAACAGAAUGUGGUGGUGCUGUUCUCAGAGACAGUCCAGAGGGCACUGCGAAUUGGUUUGGCCUCACAGGAUCAGAUUGAUGACUAUGAUCCAGCUCUGAUGUUCACCAUCCCACGCCUGGCCAUUGUAGCUGGCUUGGUGAUGUUUCCUGAUGGGCCCCUUAAUCUCGACCGUGAACCCCGGAAUUUGUCAGAGCUUUUCCGCCCCUUUAGGACACUGCUAACCAAAAUCCGCGAGCUGCUAUGGACUAUGAGUGCAGGGGAGUUGGCUGCCCUUGAGAAAGCUCUGUGCUCCAUCGACGAGCCUGACACUUCCCUGCCACAGGUGUCUGAUGAGAGUUUUCCAAGCAGUGCUUAUGGCCAGGCUGCCUUCACUUCAGAAUUUGUUCAGAAGUUCUAUGCUAACUAUCCCUCAUGCAAAUACCUCACCCCUGAGCUCAGCUCACUCUAUCAGCCAGGCAAGAAAAUGGAACGCUGUGAGAGAAAAAGGGAACGUACCUCUGGCAAGAGCAGUGGAUCACGCUCCAAGAUGAGGCAGGAGAGGCAGAGUGAGAAGUUCCUGGCCCGGCUGAAUCCCACUGCCGAGGAACGGCCAAGGGCAAGGCGGAGGUCCCGUCGUAGUCACCACCAUAGGCAUCACCAUAACCCAGCACCACUCCCUCCCCCAGACAGUGACAGUGGGGAGGAGCACCAGUCCCAUCACCGGCGUCAUACACGGACAUUGACCCACCAUUCUCACAGCCAAAUCCCACAGCCUCCACCUCCUCCAUAUGACCAGCACCACCAGUCUCACCCAGACCAGCAUCACGCACCCCACCCACCACAGCGCCAUCAACGCUCACGCCGCUCAAGACACCAGCCUGUCACUCACAUCAAAACCAUUGCCUGCUCCUGUGGCACAGUCAGCCAGUAUGAAAAUUCAUACUAUGAGGCACAUGACCCACACCACCACCAUGACAUGCACUAUGGCAACCUUCAGGCUCAAGCACCAAAUGGCGAGGAAGGAGAGACAAAUGUGAUGCAAGAGGAAGGUAGAAACACCUCCACCAACUGUGAUUCCUCCCAUGGAACAGACCAGACUGAGGUCACCUGGAGUGAGGCUGGCCCUUCAUACACAGGAGAUCAUAUUACUGAGGUGUCUCUUAACCUUGACACUCAGGCUACUGGCCAAGACACUGAGGAUCUUACAAAAUCAACAGCAAACAUGAGUGUCCAAGAUGUCUCAGAGAGCUCAAGAAUAGAAUGCUCGAUAUGUGGAAUGUCACAGUCUUGCUCAUGUGAUAACCAAAAUGUUAAAGGCUCAGACAGACGAUUAGAUCUAGAUAAUAUGAGAGGGGAGUUGCCCACUGUGUUUGAAUGUGAUGCUCAACAGUCACCAUUGAACCAAAGCAAUCCACCUUCCACUAGCCACAAACUGGAAACAGAAACUGAUAAAGGUCCUCAUGUCACAGAGAUAGCAUCCGAAGACUGUGUGCCAACAUCAGAUAGUGUAAAUGUUGAGCAUGACCACACAGAUGCCCAUGUUCCCAAUACAAGUUCCUGUUCAAUCCCAGAAGAUGCAGCCAGUCCCAAAAGUGGAGCUUGUUCCAGCGGCUCAACAUCCCCCUACAACUCUGGUGCUGAGGAUGAUGAGGAGGUGGCUUUAGCUCUGCAGGCAGCUGAAGUUGCAGCCACUUGGAGGGCAAGGGCAAGGUUUUCAGAUUCUCAGGACUUGAUCCAUCGGCUAUUUGUCUGCAUCUCUGGUGUUGCGGAUCAGCUUCAAACAAAUUACGCCAGCGACUUGCGCAAAAUCUUAAAGUGCGUGUUCUUGAUGAACCAGAGCCCUCUAGAGGAGUCCCCCAAGAGCGAGCAUGGUGACCAACCUGAAUGGUCUGUUGCCACACAGGACCAGGACCACAGCACAGAGGACUCCAAUGGAGGCAAUGAUUCUGAACGGCUGAGUGUGGAGAGUGCAGAAGAUGCCCUCGUGGUCAUUGGAAGCCCAGAGCACUGCGAUGAUUCAGCUGGGGAGCCUCCAGAUACCCAGCCAGUGGAAGACUCUCCCCCCACCUCUCCUCCAUCUUCUCCCUUGGCCAUUCCUCCGUCCAUUCCCUUCCCUCCCAUGUCCCCUACAUCUCCUUCCCCCCCACUGUCUUCCACGGGGACAGUAAUUCAGCCACCACACAUAUCCUCAGCAGACAUUACUGACUCUCACUCGUCAACCAUCUUGGCCUCCUCGCCUCCCGUGUGCCCUCCGUCCGUGCAGGUCCCAGCAGCAAUCUUCAAUGACCAUGCGCUCCUGCAGUUCUCAGAAGUGACUCAGGCAACCAUUCCUCCAAAUGUGGAUUUGCUCUCUUCUCCUCAAGUGCAUUAUACAGAGUCAUUUGGGCUUAUACCUGAGCCGUUCCCAAGGUCACAGCAGGAGCAGCCUGCCUCAGUGAGAGAGAACAUUGAUGGGGCUCCCUUGAGCAGCCCAGCGGAACGUGGGAGUGACAGUGGCCGCCGAAGGCCAAGGGUGCAAGAGCCACCUGCCUGGGUGCCCGAUCAACAGGCUCCAAGAUGCAUGGCGUGUGGGGCAGCUUUCACUAUGGUCCGCAGAAGACACCACUGCCGAAAUUGUGGAAAGGUAUUUUGUGCACACUGCAGCCAGCAUGCAGUUCCUCUUCCACACUAUGGGAUCUGGAAAGCAGUGAGGGUGUGCAAUGUUUGCUUCCUGUACUAUGUCACAUUCUCCACCGAAACCCCCACUCCUGCAUCCUGACCCCCUCAUGCUGCUGAUCAACUGGAGCCUCACUGCCAUCCGCACCGUUUGUGCCAUCAGCAUCAGCAAGAUCACUGAUUCCAAACAAAGUCUUGGUAAUGUGGUUAGCUUAUUUCUGCAAGUCUCCUCACAUUGGGUUUUCCUCAUUUACUACUAACAUAAAACUCAUUGACAUCAACCACUAGAGGAAACUAUGUUGUCUUAAUUGACCAAUGCAACACCACCAUUUUACCAUCACCUGUGUGUGCCCAUCUCCUCUUUUUCAUUGACAGUUGAUUCUCAGGAGUCACUCAAUUGACAUACCAUAAACUUUUAAAUAGUUAUGGAAUGCUGGUUGCAGCUUGGUGAAGAGAGUAUGGAUGAUAACCCAUUAGUUUAGUUGAAACAUCAUCAGUAAUAUACAUUGCCAGCAUCUUAGCCUCAAGUUGAUGCCUUAUUCUUUACAUAUUUUAGGAAACCAUGGGUGUCUUGCAAUACAUACCUUACCUGGCACAUAAUGAACAAAUAUCUGUGUAGGAAGAUAUUGUUGGAAGUAGCAGGCAUGUUUACAGUGCUGGAUACUGUGUAUCCAUUAAGACUUCAACAUGAG